CUCCCCGCCGGCGCGGCCGGGCAGAGGAGCGGGAAUGGAGUCCCCGCACCCGACGAGCUUCUGUUUCCCGGCGGCUCCCCCGCCAGCCCCGGGCAAAGCCCCGAGGCCGAGCGGCGCCAGCAUCUCGCUGUGGACGGUGGUGGCGGCCGUGCAGGCGGUGGAACGGAGCGUGGACGCCCACGCUUCGCGGCUGCUCAACCUGGAGCGGCGGACGGUGACCACCGAGAAGAAAUACUUCGACUGCGAGAAAACGGUGGUGGAUUUCGGGAACCAGCUGGAGAGCAAACUGGCCGUGCUGGGCACCCUCAUCCAGGAGUACGGGCAGCUCCAGCGGCGCCUGGAGAACAUGGAGAACCUGCUGAAGAACAAGAAUUUCUGGAUCCUGCGGCUGCCCCCCGGGGGCGAGGUCCCCCAGGCCCCGGCAGCGUUUGAAAGCGACGCCGCUUGCUUUUCUGCUCAAGAGUGGGAGAAUCUGGAGGAGUGGCAGAGGGAGCUGUACAAAAACGUGCUGAGAGGGAAGAACGAAUCUCUGAUCUCUCUGGAUUAUGCAAUCUCCAAACCUGACCUCCUGUCCCAGCUUCAGAGAGGAGAAGCGCCCUGCAAUGGGGACGAGGCGGCUUCGAGAGAGAUUCCAGCAGAACCAAAGGCUCUGCUGUUUAGACUUGAUGCGAGCAGCCAGGACAGCGGAGAAGGAGCACAGGAAAGCCUGGAGGGAAGAACAAUGCUGCCUGAACCUGGACCUGCAGGCUACGGUGUUCCAGAGCCGAGCUUUGCAGGCAUUGUGAAGCAAGAGGAAGAGCCAUACGCGGAGGAGCGGGGAGCCACGGAGGAUGCAGAGUUUACCGAGCUCAGUGUGGAGCCGGAGGCUCCCAGGCGUGAUGCCCAGGCCCGGUCGAAAGAUGGGAACCAGCCGUCUGCUCGGAGCUGCGAGGAUGGGGACGGGAGGGGUGAUCCUGCGGAGAUCGGCACCGAAGACAGCAUAAUCCAUAUUAAGCAAGAGGAAGGGUUGUGCGCUGCAGAUCAGCAGGAGGGGGAGGCUGGAGAAGCUCCUGAAGAGCCCUGCCCGGCAGAGCAAGCGUUUUAUGAGCCUGAGGCUUCAAGUCAGAUCAAGAAAGGCAGAGAGGCGUAUGCCAGGGAGUUGCCAGGUGCAGAGGGUGGGGAGCUUCCAGGAGACCCUGACGCAGGAUUUCAGACUUGUGCAACGGAUGUUUUGUCAUGGAUUAAACAAGAGGAGGAGCCACGCUGCCCUGAACGACAAGACUUGGAGAAAGAAGAAAUCUCUACAGAUCCAAGUACAGAUGAAAACACAAAGAGGGACCCUCCGGCACAUUGCUUUGAAAGCCCGGUGUGUGACUUGGAGGUACCAGGAAGACCCGGAGAGAAGUUUUCCAAGGAUCCUAGCCCCGGAGUGACAUGGGACGGUCAGUGGAAUUCAGAAAUGAUGGAAACAAACACCACCGGGAACGGCCUUGGGAGUGAUGCUCGGUACGACCGCGGGUUUGGUGAGCACUUAGAUUUCUUUAGCGCUCAGGAAAACAGUGUCGGAAAGAGACCGUGCGCGUACAGCAAAUGCGAGAGAAACUCCACCCAGCAGGAACAUCUUCAGACUCCCCAGGGAGCCCGAGAAGGGGAGACGUUUCCAGGCCCCACGUGCGAGAAGAGUCUCAACGAAAGGGUGUUCCAUCUGCUGCACUCGCAGCCGUGCGCUCCGGGUGAGAAAGACAUCGGGCAGGGGGCUGCUCCUGCCUCCUGCGAGGGGCUGCCCGCCGGGCUGCGGCUAGCGGCCUGCACCGAGCGUGGACAAAACCCUGCGGGCGGAACCAAGCUUCGUGACCGCAACGGCUUCGACGGAGAGGAGCAGCCGUCUGCGGAGAGCGAGGAGAACUUCCCGGCGGAAAACCCGUUAGCCAGCCCCUGCUGGGAUCACCCGCAGGACAAGGCGGAGGGCUGCACCAGGUGCAGGCAGCACUUUGCGCCCAGGGGCAGCCCGGCAAGCCAGCAGCAGAGCCAGGGCAGGGGCAAGUCCUACAUUUGCAGCGACUGUGGGAAAAGCUUCGUUUGCCAUUCGUGGCUCGUCAGACACCAGAUGACUCACACGGGAGAGAGGCCGUACAAGUGCUCCGAGUGUGACAAAAGCUACAGGAGAAAGGAUUAUCUUCUAAACCACCAGCGCCGGCACUCGGGAGAGGGGCUCUUCCAGUGCCCCCUCUGCAGGAAAAGAUUUGUGCUCAGGAGGAGUUUCAUGAAGCAUCAGGAAAGUCACGUGGAAGAAACACAUCUGACGUUGGCCGGUUGGCCCUGCACAGAGAUCAGGGGGUCUGUAAUGCACUCCGUAUAGAAA